AUUGGUUUCUUCACAUAAUUUUUAAAACUAUGAUUUAUUAAUAUAACUAUUCAUAUUAAUUUGUAUGAAUUUUCAAUGUCCAGAUUUGAACUUAACUACAAAUCUCAGUACGUGUUAUAUUCUACGAUUUAAAAAAAUACUCAUCUGCUACUUGAUUAAGUGCUGUUGGUUUUCCUGCUGUUGAAUCUCGUGUCUUCGCUUCUGCAAGUAGGGCAAACACCACACAAUGGAAUUUCCUUUAUGCGUGGCUCAACUAAAGAGAACGGGCCCGAAGUUAUUAAUCGUAGUAUCAUUGUGUUCAGUUUUCAUUUGGUUCCAGAGCACCCGGCAAUAUUCAUCUGGCGGGACAAAAUUGAAAACAGCGUCAGCUCCUCUCGCAUUUUCUGAAAAUCACAAUAUUCACCCAAUUGUUCAAAAAGAUAUUUCGUCGAACUCGACAGCCGCCAAUUUUUUUCAACUACUAGCAAGCAUUGAUCGUAAAAAGGAAUCCCCCACUUCGCUCAUUGAAUUAUUCGUACCUUAUCUGAUCAAAGAACCCGUUGAACCUAUAGACGAGUCGUGCAAUCCCGAACCAUUACCCCAUGUUAGUGACAAUCUUUGUGUCGGCGACUUCAACAAAAACGCGUUUACGGGUAAACUGCGUGAAAAGCCUGUUAAAACAAUAGUGCAUUCUGUUAAAUUCAGCUUCGAAGUUGAUGUGCUAGAAAUACACCUAAACGAGCUAUAUGACGUGGUAGACUACUUCUUUAUUGUCGAAUCAGUGAACGCGCAUGCUGACAGCAGCCCAAAGCCUCUUUUGUGGGAGUUCGUAAAAAAUCAGCCAAGGUUCAAAAAGUUUGAGAAAAAAAUUGUGAGGUUUAUUUUGGACGAUUCCUCUGUGACUCUGCCGUCGCCUGACUUCGGAAUCUGGAUACCAGAAAGACGUGAAGAAGUCAUCCGGUGGGAGAAGAUUAAACAGUGGCUUGAUCACUACGAACUAUCCUCGGACGCUCUAAUCGGCUUCGGAGACGGGGACGAAAUAACUUCGCGGCAUCUUGUCCAUAGAAUGCGCUAUUGUGAGUUGAAAAAGGAAGUUUUCGAUAUCGGUAUGCUCUUUUCGUUCGGCAACCUGGAAAAAGCGUAUAACGCGGGUUAUCUGUCCCUGAACUACGGCUUCUCAGGGGCUACAUUUUGGACCUAUGAUGCGGCAACAAAGCCGAGCCAAUUUCAUUCUAUACAAAAGUUGAAGACUUAUCCGACUUACCGAAGGAGUAAAAAUUUGGACGCGGCACUUUUCGGGGGCGACCAUCUUUCCGAUGAAAUGUAUCUGCCAUUCAUACUUACAAAAAUGAUAACUAAAAGCUCAGGAAAUUCUUUGCAAGGUGAUUUUUAUCCUACCCUCGAUAAAUUGAACUACUCUCCCGAAUUGCCAGUCGAGGAAUUGAACUUGAGGCUUAUGAAAGCGAUUGAUUCUCGAACCCAUAGAAAAUUCGGACCCAGGCAGAAAAAAAUCGAAAAAGUGCUUGCAGAAAAUCCAGAAUCCUACAAACCAAUGUUCCAGAUCCCCUGGUUUCUCACCUGUAACUUGCAAAGAUAUCCAGCAUGGAGUUUCAAAUAUGACCUCCGACUGAGCGACUAAACUCAAUCUACUUCUCAUCAAACUGUCAUCAAGUUAUUUUCAACAUCAAUCUACAACUUGUGUUUUCCUAUCAUGUGAUUUAGAAACUCACUGCUUUGAGCAAGGAAGUAAUUGUUUCGACCAUUGACAGUGGAUAUAGGAAUUUUGUAUUUG